GCGUGGGUCACACCGGGGAGCACACGCCACUGACCGGUCUGCAGCACGAGAGCAGCGACGGUGCAAGCUCUCGGAGAGAAGAAGGUUGUCUCUGGUGCUUAGGCAAACCGCAGUAAGACCUCCCUUAGGUGGGGUGUCUGUUAAUUUUGUCAGCCAGUGGAAAGGAAACUCCUUCACGGCCAAAUUUGGGAGUACCGUAACCGGUGGUGGUGGAGGGGGGGAAACGAUGCAGUUCCAGUCCGACUCGGUGAGCCGCGCAGUCCGCCUCAGACGCUGGUGAUGCCCGCCGUGCAGGGAUCACCACCACCGCCCAGCAGCAGCAGCAGCAGCAGUUGGAGGAAGAGGAGGAGGUCGGGAAAACAGGGCGUCGGGCCGGUGAUGAUGAUGGUAAGGUCGGGAUCAUGGCUAACGGAACCGGUACUAUCAUGUUAAAAUGCGUCGUGGUUGGAGACGGUGCAGUGGGCAAAACGUGUCUUCUGAUGAGCUAUGCCAAUGACGCCUUUCCCGAGGAGUAUGUCCCCACAGUCUUUGAUCAUUAUGCAGUGAGUGUCAACGUCGGUGGAAAGCAGUACUUGCUGGGACUGUACGACACAGCUGGUCAGGAGGACUAUGACCGUCUGAGGCCGUUGUCCUACCCGAUGACCGAUGUCUUCCUCAUCUGCUUCUCGGUGGUUAACCCUGCCAGUUUCCAGAAUGUGCGUGAAGAAUGGGUGCCCGAGUUGCAAGAGUAUGCACCCAGUGUCCCCUACCUGCUUAUUGGCACCCAGAUUGACCUUCGUGAUGAUCCCAAGACCAUUGCCAAACUGAAUGACAUGAAGGAGAAGCCGAUAGCCACUGAGCAAGGACAGAAACUUGCAAAGGAGAUUGGUGCAUGUUGCUAUGUGGAAUGUUCAGCAUUGACCCAGAAAGGUCUGAAGACAGUGUUCGACGAGGCCAUCAUUGCCAUUCUGGCUCCCAAGAGAAAGAAGGGAGCUCUGAAGAGAAGACUGGGACCUCGCUGCAUCAACUGCUGCCUGAUCACGUGAUACAUAAACCCAGAGAUCAUUCAGCAGCAAACCAUAAACCAAACCUGGACUGACGGCUAGAGACAGACGAAAGAAAAAAAAUGCACAGACAGCAGAGCAGAGACAAAAUAGAGGACUGAAAAAAGGACAAAUCAGGAGCUCAUUUUAAGCUGCAGUGCUCUUGAAAUGCCAUAAGUCUCUCCUGCUGUCCAGCACUUGAGGAUGCAGUUUACUACCAAAGGAGCACAAAACCCAAGUCAGUCUCUUCUCCUGAUAGACUUUUUUGCCUCAAAAGUACCUUCUUUUAUAACCAUUUUUAAUCAUUUUCCUGUACAAAAGUGUUGUAAGCUGUCAUACGAAAAAAACUCAAAACAUUUCAGUUUUAAGAGAAAUGCUACCUUCCAAGUCCGUAUUAUUUCUAUGAUUUCGGAAGCUAGAUUAUUGAUUUGAGUGAAUUUCUCCAUUAAAGAUCAGAUGUCUUCAUUUGAUGUCUUAAAGAGAGAACGCAUACAGCUGAUAAAUAAUGAGAGGCAGAUUUUAGCGACACUGUGACAGUGUCCAGGGUACAUUUCUGGACAUUAGGGCCCAGUUCUUUGGAUUUAAACCCUACAAAGACUGUUGGCCCGCAAAGUCCGUCUCUGAUUAUUUGUCAUUUGACGAACCGCAAAUGAAACCACAUAAGGUGUUUUGCCUUGUGUGGAGGAUAACGCGCGUCAUCCACAACCAGUGAAAUGGUAUUCAAACAACAGCUUUUGGACCUGAAACUGUAUUCUUUUUAAGUUUGAGAGGCUUGUUUUUGCCUUAUGGAUAUACCAUCAUUUUAUAGUGUGGCAUGUCAGAACAUAGAGGCUUCAUCAGAUACUGAAGAGGUAUAUUAUCCAUUUUUAAAAUAUAUAUUAUCUAGAGUUUAUGAUUCUGUAUCUCUAAACAGGAGAUGAUCAACGCUGUGCAAACAUUAUUUUGUUGACCGAUAGCUUACUUUUUUCUUUUUGUUAUCCUGCAAUAAUGUGUUAUCCUUUUAUCACCUUUAAGAAGGUUUCAGAGGAGAGAAGAAAAAGAAGAGGGAUCUCAUUUUAGAAUCAUUCAUAUCUAACAUCCAAAGACUCAAAUGCACACAUACUUUCAUCAAAAUCAGGUGGCUAAUGUGACCCAAUACUGUAUAUUUAAUGCACAACAUGAAGCACAGUCCACACAUCUUCAUUUCCCUGCACAACAAAGCACAUUCCUCUGCUUUUAAACACUGUUCCUCUUCCAGAAAAGGCUGAUUCAAGCACAGACAAUGCACAACCUUACAUCAGGCACAAUAUAUGAGCACAGUCCACCAUCUUAACCAUGCACAACUAUUGUCCAAAGCCUCUAAAAUCUUGUUGCAAGGCAUUAGGUGAAAGCCUUGUGUUUUUUUUCAGGAAAUACAGGAAAGAAACUGAUCCAAGCAGUUUUUAAAGCAUAUUAGAAGUGGUGGCAGCUGCUUGCACCAGCAGUUCCUAUAAGCUCACACUUAGCUUGCACAAGUCUUUACCAUGGAGAUGUGUACAUCACUACAGUUUAACAGGUUGCACCACACAUACCAUGACUUAUGCUGAGAGUAGUUGUUGCUCAAUAUUUGCACCCUAUAGCUGCCAAGUGGAGCUAACGGAACCAACUGAAAAAGAUAACGUUAACUUAGAUUGACAGACCUAAAUAAUGACAGUUAGCUUAGCAUAAGCGGAUAUUUUCUGGUCACUCAAAACUAUUUGAGUACUAACUCUGAAACAAACGUUCAUUCAUAUAUGUAUAUAAUAAACAUAGUAGCUGCCAAGUGGAGCUAACGUAUCCAACAGAAAAAAACCCUUCGUUAGCUUGCUAAAAUAUGGUUUAGAUAGGCCACAGUCACUCAAAAUUAUAUGAAUACUACUCUGAAACAAAUGUUCAUUCACGUAUCUAUAUAAAUAAAACAGAUAUGUUUUCCUAUAAAAAGGAUUGGCUUGGCCCCAUGAACUGUUGUUUUGUAGCCGUUAUGUUACAUUGACUUAGUUGAGUGGACAGUGCUACAGAUGUUUCUCCAUGAGCUGAUUUACACUUUACUAAAGGUCUUUACUAGCUCAUACAUUAAUGUAGUAUGAAUGGUGCAACCUGAUUUCAUAAAUUAGGAGGGACUUUACCUGCAAACUCUGUGACGGAUUCAGGAUAGCUGGUGCAACUCAGUCUGCCAAGGUCAUUCCUGUACUAGAAUUUAAAUUGCCAAAUAAUCACCAAAUCUGAAGUCAUGAGGUCCCUCUGUGACAGCUGUAAAAGGAUGUAUAUAAUGUAAUGGAACAUCAUUAGUGUGACCACCAUCCAUUUAGAAAUCCUUACAUUUACACAACAGAAACAGAUUACCCCAGAAGAAUUCAUUAAUCUAUAGUAAAGUCACACUACAACAUUUCAAAUUGAAAUGAGAUAAUAUAAAAGGUAUGUCAGGAUUUAGGUAAUAGUAUAAAAUAUCUACAAGCUGAAUAGUUUCAAGCCUACAGGUCUAUAAUACUAGGCAAUGUAGUAGGCAAUGACUGAACUUUCCCUGCAAGACAUCUAAAAAUAUUGGUUGUACUUGUUUUUAUGCAUUUGUUAUUGGCUUUUUCUAACUUUUUUUAAUCAAAGGUGCCAACUCUUGCUAAAUGACUUCUGUUAAUGUUCUGUUCAAAGUCAGAUAUGAUGAUUGAUUAAAGCUUUAAUGUAAAUGGUGCUCCUCCUCUCUGCCCCACAGCCUG